AGCAGGUAAUAUCGCGAGAUCCAAAUUAUCCUACCACUCGCUAGUGCAAGAUGGAGAAGCAAAUGUAACACGCAUUCGAGAUAGUUAUAAGACACUGCAAAGCAAGCUGAGGAUGAGGGUGAUCAAACUAUUGAACCAAAGCAGUUUCUGGUAACCUGACUAGAACAUGCUGUAUUGCCAAAUUAUUCUCUGAGCAACAAAUAGAGAUUAUCGACAAUGAAGGUCGACAGAAGCAAGUUAAAGAAAACUCCUACGGAAGCUCCUGCUGACUGCAGGAUUCUAAUAGAGAAGCUCAAGGCCUGCAAUGAUGAGCAACUAUUGGUUGAACUGCAGCACAUCAAGACCUGGAAUAUUGGCAAGUGUGAGCUGUACCACUGGGUGGAUCUACUGGACCGCUUUGAUGGCAUUCUGUGUGAUGCAGGCCAAACGGUGGAGAAUAUGUCAUGGCUGCUGGUGUGUGACCGUCCUGACAACGGACAGCUCAAAGCCCUGCUUUUGGCAGUGCUCAACUUCACAGCCCUGCUCAUUGAGUAUAGCUUCUCUAGGCACCUCUACAGCUCCAUAGAGCACUUAACCACCUUGUUAGCGUCAUGUGACAUGCAGGUGGUCCUGUCUGUGCUGAACCUGCUCUAUGUAUUCAGUAAGCGCUCAAACUACAUCACGAGACUAGGAUCCGACAAAAGGACGCCUCUACUGGCCCGUCUGCAACACCUGGCUGAGAGUUGGGGAGGAAAGGAGAAUGGCUUUGGCCUGGCUGAGUGCUGCAGGGAUCUGCUUAUGACGAAAUACCCGCCCAGUGCCACCACACUGCACUUUGAGUUUUAUGCUGAACCUGGCCCUGAGGUCAAAGUAGAGAAAAAGACAAGUAGUAAUACACUACACUAUAUACACAUCGAGCAGCUUGACAAGAUUUCAGAGAGCCCAUCUGAGAUUAUGGAGUCGCUGACGGUGAUGUACAACAUCCCAAAAGACAAGCAGACGCUGCUGUUCACACACAUUCGUCUGGCCCAUGGUUUCUCAAAUCACAAGAAGAGAUUGCAGGCUGUGCAGGCCCGUCUACAUGCCAUCUCUAUACUGGUGUAUUCAAACGCACUCCAAGAGUCAGCCAACAGUAUUCUAUAUAAUGGCUUGAUAGAGGAGCUGGUGGAUGUAUUACAGAUUACAGACAAACAGCUUGUGGAUAUCAAGGCAGCAUCUUUGCGCACUUUAACUUCGAUUGUCCAUCUGGAGAGAACACCCAAGCUUUCCAACAUCAUCGACUGCACUGGCACUGCCUCCUACCAUGGCUUCCUGCCAGUGUUGGUGCGCAACUGUAUUCAAGCAAUGAUCGAUCCUCUGAUGGAACCCUACCCGCACCAGUUUGCCACUGCACUCUUCUCAUUCCUCUACCACUUGGCUAGCUAUGAUGCUGGUGGGGAAGCCCUUGUGUCUUGUGGCAUGAUGGAAGCUCUCCUGAAGGUUAUCAAGUUUCUUGGUGAUGAACAGGACCAGAUUACCUUUGUGACACGAGCAGUGCGGGUCGUGGACCUCAUUACCAAUCUUGACAUGGCUGCCUUUCAGUCCCACAGCGGCCUUACCAUUUUCAUCUCUAGGCUAGAGCAUGAGGUAGACCUGUCGAGGAAAGAGUGCCCUUUCGUCAUCAAGCCAAAGAUGCAGAGGCCCAGUACAACUGUCGAGUCUGAGGACAUGGAAACUGACACGGAGAUGUCAGAAGUUGCCAUGGACAGCAGCCCUGGACCAUCCACAUCUUCUGGUUCCAGAUCAGAAACGGACCAGAAAGCACAGGGCAGUGCUGCCAACGCACCUCGUCCAGGUGUGCAGUGUAUCCCCCAGAGGGCAGCCCUGUUAAAGUCAAUGCUAAAUUUCUUGAAGAAAGCCAUCCAGGACCCUGCCUUUUCUGACGGUAUUCGCCACGUAAUGGAUGGGUCCUUGCCUACCUCACUCAAGCACAUCAUCAGUAAUGCAGAGUAUUAUGGCCCUUCACUGUUCCUCUUAGCGACGGAGGUUGUGACGGUGUUUGUGUUCCAGGAGCCAUCCCUGCUCUCCUCCCUGCAGGAUAAUGGUCUCACUGAUGUCAUGCUGCAUGCCCUUCUCAUCAAAGACGUCCCUGCUACCCGUGAGGUGUUGGGUUCUCUUCCCAAUGUGUUCAGUGCCCUGUGCCUGAAUGCAAGAGGCUUGGGCUCCUUUGUUCAGUGCCAGCCAUUUGAGCGCCUCUUCAAAGUGCUUUUGUCCCCUGACUACCUGCCUGCCAUGCGACGGCGACGUAGCUCGGACCCAUUGGGUGACACUGCAUCCAACUUGGGCAGUGCUGUGGAUGAGCUCAUGAGGCACCAACCAACUUUGAAGACUGAUGCUACUACUGCCAUUAUAAAGUUACUGGAGGAGAUCUGCAACCUAGGUCGAGCCCCUGAGUACAUCUGCCAGAAACCGUCUAUCCAGAAAGCCGAUGGCACUGUGGCGGUGCCCCCAGCUCGCUCCAGCCAUGCUGCUGAAGAAGCCUCAAGUGAGGAUGAAGAAGAAGAGGAGGCCCUCCACACUUUCAGCCAGCAGCAGGGGGAACCAGAGAGCACCAGACAGUCAGUGCCACUUGAACUGGUGGUUGGCACUGAAGAGCGGAUACCUAUUCCUCUGAUGGACUAUAUCCUGAAUGUGAUGAAGUUUGUGGAAUCCAUUCUAAGCAACAACACCACAGACGACCACUGUCAGGAGUUUGUCAACCAGAAGGGUCUGCUGCCUCUGGUUUCUAUUCUGGGCCUUCCCAACUUGCCCAUAGACUUCCCUACGUCUGCUGCCUGCCAGGCUGUGGCUGGGGUCUGCAAGUCUAUACUGACUCUCUCUCAUGAGCCUAAGGUACUCCAGGAAGGCCUUUGCCAACUGGACAGUAUCCUGUCGUCUCUGGAGCCACUCCAUCGACCAAUCGAGGUGCCGGGUGGUUCUGUGCUUCUCAGAGAACUGGCUAACGCGGGCCAUGUCACCGAUGCAACGUUGUCCGCCCGUGCAACACCACUGCUCCAUGCUCUUACUGCAGCACAUGCCUACAUCCUCAUGUUUGUGCAUACUUGCAGAGUAGGACAGAGUGAGAUCAGAGCUAUCUCAGUCAACCAGUGGGGAUCCCAGCUGGGCUUGAGUGUUCUCAACAAGCUCAGUCAGCUCUACUGCUCUCUGGUGUGGGAGAGCACCGUGCUGCUGUCCCUUUGCACGCCUAACAGUCUGCCUCCAGGAUGUGAGUUCGGCCAGGCUGACAUGCAGAAACUGGUGCCCAAAGACGAGAAGCCAUCGAGCAGCACUGCAACCACUGCAGCUUCUGGUUCCAGGAGAACCGCAGAUUCUGAGGCGGUGACGGUGGAUUCAUCAGCCGGUGGGCUGUUGGAAGGCAUGGGUCUAGAUGGGGACACCUUGGCUCCCAUGGAGACGGACGAACCCACUGCAACGGACCCUAAGGCCAAGUCCAAACUUACCCCAGCUAUGGCCACCCGCAUUAAACAGAUUAAACCACUCCUCUCUGCUUCAUCUCGAUUAGGCCGGGCUCUGGCUGAGCUCUUUGGCCUGCUGGUGAAGCUGUGUGUGGGGUCUCCAGUGCGCCAACGUCGCUCCCACCAUGCCACGAGCACAGGAACCACCCCCACGCCUGCUGCCCGGGCCACUGCCUCUGCCCUGACCAAGCUCCUCACCAAGGGUCUGAGUUGGCAGCCACCACCCUACACACCCACCCCUCGUUUUAGGCUGACCUUCUUCAUCUGCUCAGUGGGCUUCACAUCCCCCAUGCUGUUUGAUGAGAGGAAGUACCCCUACCACCUCAUGCUGCAGAAGUUCUUCUGCUCUGGAGGUCAUGAUGCCUUAUUUGAGACAUUUAACUGGGCUCUAUCGAUGGGUGGGAAGGUGCCUGUCACUGAGGGUCUGGAACAUACUGAUCUACCCGAUGGGACCGGGGAGUUUCUGGAUGCCUGGUUAAUGCUUGUGGAGAAGAUGGUGAACCCGAGCACUGUGCUGGACUCACCCCAUUCCCUGCCAGCUAAAAUGCCUGGAGUCACACCCACCAUGCCCCAGUUCAGCGCCCUUCGGUUCCUCAUAGUCACACAAAAGGCUAAGGACCCAAAAUGGCCCGCGUUUUCUCUGCAGGGCUGCAAAAAGAGGGGGUAUGAAAGCAAGUAUGAGGCAUGGCUACAAAUCGGGUGA